AUGUCUGCUCAAUUGACUGAACCAUUGCCAUUUACAGCCUCUAGUGACAUCCGAUCAAUCCACCGAACACUGCAUCUGCUCUACCACCACAACAAGAAUCAGCAUCGCUGCACGAAAUGGUGGAAAUGGCUGAAUAUGCUGAGGCGAUGGACGUUGAAUCUUGCGUGUGAAAUCGAAAAAAUUGAGAAGUUCGAGGAUGUCCUGGGCGCAGAUGGCAGUGACGAGCACCCUUUUGCUCCAGUGUGGAAGAUAAUGAGGUAUCUUCACGAUGAGCUCAUUCCACGGUGUUAUAGGGCGUUUUCUACUGUGGUUGCAGACGUACAGUUUUGUUCCUUAGGGAUUGCUCUGCUAGCUACGCUUGCUGAGGUAUUCAACGUCGUCCAGAUUAAUAAGGGCGAGCUGUCGAAUAUUGCUUCUGAGCUUGGAGACGAGAAGGGUCCGGAGACCAUUCCCAGGUCGGCCAGUAACGUUACUGUGGAUGAAGAUUUUGGUGAGGUGAUCAGACGGUCUGAGGUUGACUCUCAUGUCAGAACGACAGUCGACACGGUUGUGUCUACAGACGGUGAAGCCGUAACGAAGAAAAAGAGGAAGUCAUGCUUUGAUAAGAGCAUGAAACGAAAAGUUGACUAUGAUACCUCCAUGACUGCCAGCUUGGGCGAGGCCGACAGCUCUAAGGAGAAAAAGAAGAAGAAGAAACGGAAAGUCAAUGUGAUAGACGAUAUAUUUGCUGGCUUGUAA